AUCCCUCUCUUCCUCUUCCUUCAACUCCCCUCUUCCUCCAUCCUUCCCGGCUGCCUUCAUCCCCCUUCUCCUUUCUCUCCUCAUCUCCUCUUCCUCCCAGCCUCCCUUUUCCCCACCUUUCCUCUCCCUCAUCCUUCAUCCCCCUCGUCCUUCUCUUCCCCAGCCUUCCUCCCGCCCUUCCUCCUCCUUCCGUCUCCCCAUCCUCCUCCUCUUCCUCCCCAUCUCCCUCCCUCCUCCCACCUCCCCCUUUCCCUCCUCUUCCUCCCCCAGCAGUGACGUCUCUGGACGUGCUGCUCCCCGGCCCGGCACAGGCACCGCUCAGGGCUCCGGUACCGCGGGCCCGACCCGGUGCGGCCCGGCAGCACCUACCGGCGGGGCGCGGGCGCUGCCCGGGGCCGCCCAUGCGGCCGGGGGGCGAUGCGGGCGGCGCGGAGCCGGCGGUAGUGUCCGCACCGGGGCCCCCCCGGGAGCAUGGGCUGCAUCGGCUCCAAAACCACCAUCGUGGCCGUGGACACGACGCUGUGCGUGGAGUGGAAGGAGGUGAAAGCGCUGUCACCGCUGAGCGCCGCCCGCCCGCUGCCCCGCCUGCUGCGCCAGGCCUCCUUCGACAGCCAGGAUUUCCUCCAGGUCAAUGUUGAGGACACUGUCGAGAUGCUGCCCAAAUCGCGGCGCGCGCUGACCAUCCAGGAGAUCACAGCCCUGGCCCGUUCCUCGCUGCACGGCAUCUCGCAGGUGGUGAAGGAGCAUGUGACGAAGCCAACGGCCAUGGCGCAGGGCCGCGUCGCCCACCUCAUUGAGUGGAAGGGCUGGUGCAAGCCGGUGGAGCCGCCCACCGCCCUGGAGAGCGCCUUCAACUCCUACUGCCACCUGAGCGAGGGCGAGCAGGAGGCACGCUUCGCUGCCGGUGUGGCUGAGCAGUUUGCCAUCGCCGAGGCCAAGCUGCGAGCCUGGUCCUCAGUGGAUGGGGACGAUUCCAAUGACGAGUCCUAUGACGAGGACUUCAUGCCCUCCACAGAGAGCUCCCAGCCCACUGAUCUGCCCAGCGCGGUGCCCACCAGCGCGCUGCUGCGGGACCUGCUGCAGGGCCACCUGUGCCAGCUGGGUGUGCGGCACAGCUCCUGCGAGCCCGAGAGCGACUCCUCGCACACCCUCUCCCCAGAAACCCUCUGCUCCAGCCUCUGCAGCCUGGAGAUGGUGUCCCCCUCCGAACUCACUGCCAAACUGCUGGGCUCCCUGGGGGGUGAGGACCUGCUGCUGCCCAAGCUGCCCCCCCCAGCCAGCCAAAGUGCCUUGCGGGGCUUGGCACGGCUCCGGUGCCAGGACUCCCUCUACGCCGUGUCCUACGCCGAAGCCUGCCUCUCGCCCGCUGAGGAUGAGGUGGUGCUGAGCAAGGACUUCCCGCUCCGCCGGAAAGUCUCCGACGUCGCCUCCUCCGGGGUGGCAUCGCUGGAGGAGGAGGAGGAAGCCGAAGAGCCCUGAUGCCCCCCUGGGGUGCCCUGCCUCUCCGGCGGGGGUCCAGCUCCCCCUGCCACCGCCCCCUGGCCGGACCCCGUGCUGGGCAAGGGAUGGGCCCUGCCGCCGCCCCCCCUUGCCAGCUGGGCACAGGGGAGGGCUGGGGGUCCACUGCAGCCCCCCGGCCAGUGUGCCCCGCUACGCCCCGGCCCCGCUUGGCCAUAUCGUUACCCUCCUGGAUAUUUUGCAUGAGAGGGGGAAAGGGCUUCGGGGAUUACAACCCUGCCCCAAUGCCCACCUGUGCCCCCCAAAACUGACGGGACUGAAUCAGUGGGGCUGGUUGUUCGCAUGUUCCCCCCCAGACCAUCCCGGAGUCCCUUUUUGGGCACGGGCUUUGCCCUUGGCAUGGCUAAAACCUCUUGAGCAUCCGGCCGUGCCCAGCACCCUCGGCUCAGGACAGUGGGGGCAGGGAAUUGGGAGCAAGGCGCCUUUUCUUUUCUCUCCCCAGGCGGCUUUUAUCGGACCGAGUUUUAUACUGUGAACUGCUGCCUCGGGGAUGGGGCCAGUGGAGGGUGCUGUGGGGUGCCGGGGGGCGGGGGUGCGGGUCACGGAUAGGCUGCGUUGCCAGGGCUUUCUAUAAUUUUGUCUGUGUGUGGGACCAGUAUGGGAAGGUUGUGGGGGGAGGUCAGGUGGGCAAGGGCCACCAGGCUGGGGGCUUUGGGCCACCAGUGACAGCACCCCCAAGCCAGCCCUGCAACAGGGGGCUCAGCCCAGCUAGGGCCCCCCAAGUCUGUCAUGGGGCAACACGGGGUGGAGAGAGGGGGAAGGCAGCAGGUCCCAGGACCGAUGUCCCUGAGUCACUCACUCCUAGCAGGGAACCAAGUGCCUACAUGAAGGGCAACCUGCCACCCCGUCCUGGCCGGGGGUGGCACCCCAACUCGGGGAUCCCCCAGGGCCAUGUUGGGGGUCCAGGCACGCUGUUUGGGGGAGAAAUGCCAGUUUUUGCCAACGCUUGCACCCCCCCCUCCCCACCCCUUUCCUGCAUGGCAUGUGUUCUUGUGGGGCCGCUUGCCCACUGCAUGCUGCUCCAGCCUUGCACCCCAGGGUGCGCCGAGCACCCGCUGUGCCCCUGCACACCUGCACCUCCCAGCACCCCCAGCACCCUCUGCCAGGCACAGCACCCCUUCCACCACCGUGCCGUGAGGUGCCCGGCCUGGGCCUGCCCCCCCGCUUCCUGCAUGGCCAAGCUGUGAGGGGGUGCGGGGGCCAGCAGGCCUGACACCAACCGAAAGGUCCCCCUGCCACCCCCUGCCACUCCCCACUGCUUUCCAGGGACAGUGGAUGCUCCCCACAGCAUUGGGGGGGGGAACGGGGUGCCUGCAGAGGGCUGGGGGGGGUGGGGGGGCUUUGCUCUGCAUGCGUCUGUGUGUGCACACCUGUGUGUGUGUGUGUGUGUGCACACUCGUGGGAGCUGCCUGAGCCCCCCACCCCGCUGCAGUGGUACCCGUGGGGUACCCGCACCUUGGCACCCCCCCCUCCAUCCCGCCAGGUCUCCAAUAAAGUCCAUCGUGCGAGCGC